AUGAGCUCUACCAACUUCGCCGCCGCACAAGAGCGAGUUCUUGAACGUCGCCGUCAACGAGAAGCCGAAGCGCGCACCCGCCAUGCAGCCCAACAGCGGGCGGCUCCGAUCAGCCCAGCUACCGUCCAGCGUCUUCCAUACCCGUUAAACAGAUUGCCGAGCUCUGGAUGGCGGAUAUGGAAUACUGUCAAUGGGCGAGAUGGCACAAAACCUGCGUUCCGAGUGGGACAGGUUGAUGCCGAAUUGUUGGAUGAGGAGCUGCUAGGCUUGAUGAAAGGCCAAGUCGGGGAUGCCCUCAAAUACUUCGGGUCUUCGAUAUCUGAAGAUUGGUCGCACGAGAUCCAGUUCGCAUUGCGCGCCAUUCUUUUUAAGCUAUCUAUAUGGGACCACAAUGCGUCAUAUGGUGCAGCUCUGCAGGGCCUUCAGUAUACCGACAGUCGCAGCAAGGGUCCAGUGUACUCGUCUCCAACGAAAUUGCAGAAGAGCAUUUAUGGCCUAUUGACGGUUGGAGGGCGAUAUGCCUGGGGCAAGUGGGAGGGUUGGUUGAUCGGACAAGAAGGUGGUUACGAUGAGCCAUCGCAAGAUAUCCGCAUGCUGUCCAGACUAACGGACUUAAUCUCCACCUCGCACUCGAUUGCCGCCUUUGUCUCUUUCCUUGUGUUCCUCGUGAACGGCCGAUACCGCACCUUGGUUGAUCGCAUCCUCCGCAUUCGCCUUACUCCACCAUCUGCACAAGCUAGUCGGGAGGUCUCAUUUGAAUACCUGAACCGGCAACUUGUGUGGCAUGCGUUUACCGAAUUCCUCCUAUUCCUUCUCCCUCUUGUUGGAAUCAGUCGCUGGCGGCGGUGGAUUUCUCGCGCUUGGCGCAAGAUGAUGUCGUCUGUCAAGUCGAGCGGUGAUGAUGAUGAGCCUUCUGAAAAGCAAGGGGAGCUGGCCUUCCUCCUGGAACGGACUUGCGCGAUCUGCUACCGUGACCAGAACCCAACCACCACCACUGAAUCAGAUGUCAUGGCAGCCUCCACAUCAGGUGGCAUCGCUGGAUCUGCGCAGACGGACAUCACGAAUCCAUAUGAGACGGUCCCUUGUGGCUGUAUAUACUGUUUUGUAUGCAUUGUGCAGAAACUCGAAGGCGAAGAAGGCCAAGGAUGGGUUUGUCUCCGUUGUGGUGAGAUCGUCAAGAAGUGUCAGCCGUGGAAUGGCGAUGUUCUUGAGGAGGCCCGCUCCCAGCCUGGCUCAGGAAAGAUUGUCGGGUUCGCCAUCGACGGAGAGCAAAAUGAGGCUCGUGAAAUCGAUCCCGCUCAAGUGAGUUCCGAGAAGUCCAGCCCGCUAGAGGAGAUCACUGCCGAUGAGUCCCUUCAGCACUCAAACCAAUGGUCUACCAUUGAGAAGGAAGAUGGCGAAGGCUCGGAAACAAACGGGGAUACCAAAUCGGCGUCGUCAUAA